GCUGCACAUACACACAAACACACACACAUACAGAGUGUGUACAACUCAGGAGAUACCAGGCAUGAGCCACUGAACUUCUGAAAGAGAGAGAGAGAAAAAAGUUUGCAAGUGAGAGAGAGAGAGAGAAAAACAAACACGAUUUCUUUUGUUUUGUUGUUGUUUCUUUGAUUCAGUGUGUGUGUGUGUGUGUGUGUACCUGCCCGGUAUGGAAUGCAGAAUGAGACGCCUGCAGUGGGUUCUGCCUCUGUCGCUGCUACUCGGUGGGCUGACUGGGGUCCACCUGAAGAACCCGAGUUGUCACGAAGUGAGGACCGCUUUUCAGCUCCGUCAGAUCGGGCCACUGAAAUUUGUGCCGGAUUUUCCCGGGAAAGUUGAGGAUCUACAGAUCUGCACACACGACGGGCCGACUUGCUGCACAAAGAGGAUGGAAGAGAAGUAUCAAGCAGUUGUUCGGAGAGAGGUCCUGCAGAGCAUCCAUUUCCUGAGCUACGAGCUGAAAUACAGGAUUGAGAAGAAUGGGGAGGCUUUCCAAGAGGCUUUUAUAUCCUUGAUUCACAGUGCCAGCAAUCAUACCAACUCCAUGUUCAAGACAGGGUACAGGACAAUGGCAAAGGAGGCUACAGAGGUGGUGAAGGGGCUGUUUACUGACCUAUCACUCUAUGUCCUGGAUACGAGCUGGAGCAUUGAGGACAUGGUCCUGGGUUUCUUUGACAACCUUUUCCCAUUGGUUUAUAAUCGGCUGAUACACCCUGGACUAAAUGAGGUCUCUUUGGAUUACUUAGAGUGCCUACGGUCGGCCAGGCAGAAUAUCAACCCCUUUGGAAGCUACCCUAUGAAGAUGGUAGCUGAGAUAGCCGAGCCACUGCAAGCAAUGAAAACCCUCCUGCAGGUCCUGAACAUAGGCAGCGAGGUGAUAAAUAUGACUAAGAACAUUGUUUUCACCCGGGAGUGUACCAGAGCCCUGGUGAAGAUGCAAUAUUGCUCUCACUGCCAUGGCCUUACUCUGAUCAAGCCCUGUGUGGCCUAUUGUCUGAAUGUGAUGCGGGGAUGCCUGGCCAAUGUUGCCGAUGUUGACCCUCACUGGCAGGCCUACAUUUCGAACCUAAACGAGCUCACCAGUAUCAUUACAGGACCUCAAGGUGUGGAGCUGGCUUUACUGAGAGUGGCACCACUGGUUAAUGAAGCUAUUUUACACGCCCAGCUGAACGGACCCGAAAUCUCUACUACAGUGGGUAAAGUUUGUGACCAGACCCAAGAGCGAUCAAUAGCUACUUCACAGGAAAACACAGCGCAGGUCCUGGUCAUGCCCAGCUUCAAACCCCAGGCUGUGACCCCAUAUGGCACCCUGGCCCAGAGAAGAAGCUCCCUGCCUCUGAAAGAAGUAAAGACUGAUAGGCCUAGGACAAUGAAAAAGAACUCUAGGGACUUCAUGAACUACAUCCGGCGGCACAGGACCUUCUAUGCUUCCAUGGCAGAGCAGAUCUGUGAAGAUGAUCUCCGACCUCAUGAUAGCUCAACCUGCUGGAACGGAGUAAACGUUGUGGAAAGUUACACAAACAGGGUGGUCGGGAAUGGAUUGAAAGAACAAGCGAACAACCCGGAAGUGAAAGUCCGAGGACCUGAUGCUAUGGUGAAGAAGGUCAUCGACAAACUUGUGCAAAUCGACAAGAUGUUGCAUGGGAAAAGGAGCAAGCAGUCAGGGCAGUGGUCCUCAAGAGAACCUGGCAGUGGUGAUGACAGGGAAGAGGACUCUGAAUCGAGCGGAGACUGUGACGAUGAAGAUGGAUGCACAGGAUCUGGAAGCGGAGAAGUGGGCCGUAAGAAGAAUACAGACGUGCCAGAAGAGCGAUGGACGAAGGAUCACAUUUACCCAGGGAUGGCCCCCACACUGAAGGGAGCAAAGGUGGCCUCUCCAAGCUCCACCCCCAGCAGCACAGCUCAGAGCAAGCCAGGAGCAGGAGCCAAUCAUUACAGCCUGUCCACAGUCGCCACGGUCACAGUGCUGGGGCUGAUGUGUCAUUGGCUGUUAUAGUUAAUGAUGCAUUGUGGGUGCACCUGCCCGCUCUUAUUUAUCCAGUAUUACAACAAUCACGCAGCUUUUAUUCUUUGUUGGAGGCCAAGUGAUGCUUUAGGAUCUGUGUUCUUGUAAUAUAGAUGAGAGCUGCAAUAUACUAUCGCAAACUGUUGGUCUUGAAAGGAUAUUGUAUAAACAAAACGAAUCAUGUGAAAAAUGUACAUAGUUUGUAUAAAAAAGGCAGUCGAUUUAGUCAAGAUAAAGGAACUGUCCGAGAUACAAAUAGACAAUCUCUUUGAACAUGAAUUCAGACACUGAGGCCUAAUAGCGUUUCUUGAUUUUUGCAGCCUGCUCCUUUAGUUGUCUGACUAACUCUCAGGAUCUAUUGAUUUGACUCCCUUGGUGUAGGCCCCAACAUUUAUCCCCCUGCUGGGGUAGCCAUCUGGAGUAUCAUUAUCUCUAAUCCUGGUUAAUAAUCGGUGGCUGGUUCUGGAAAAUGUACACACGUAUGCUGGCAAUAAAGGUGAGCAGAUCCAGCAAUAAGCGUCUGGAUUGAGAUGAUAAAGUCAUAGAGAGGGAUACAGCAUAGAAACAGACCCUUCAGUCCAACUCAUCCAAGCUGGCCAGGUUUCUUAAACCAAGCUAGUCCUGUCUGCCUGCAUUUGGCCCACAUCCCUCUAAGCCUUUCCUAUCCAUAUAUCUGUCCAGGUGUCUUUUAAAUGUUGUAAUUGUACCUGGCUCUACUACUUCCUCUGGCAGCCCAUCCCAUACACGCACCACCCUCUGUCUGAAAAGGUUGCUCCUCAGGUCCCUUUUAAAUCUUUCCCCACUCACCUCAAAUCCCUGCUUCCUAAUCUUGGACUUUCCUACCAAGUGGAAAAGACCUUGGCUAAUCUUGACAUUAUGAACCAAACAAA